AAGCACACACACACCCCUCUUCCCUCACAGGAACAGAAUUAAGUCUAAUUUCUUCAUUCCGUGUAGUACUUGAACUCAACCAGACCCCCAUAGUAAUUAAGCAAAGACAGAAGGUAGCAUAUAUGGGAAGUUGUGCAUCUACUGAAUACACAAGCAAAAGUGGAAACCAAAGUUGGCAAUCAACGGUGAACAUAGUUCACUUAGAUGGGAAGCUUGAGCAAUUGAAGGAGCCAACCAAGGCAUGGCAUGUGCUAUCUGAGAACCCAAACUGCUACAUGUGUUGCUCAGAAUCGAUGUAUGUUGGGUUACCAAUGCCCCCUGUGGCUCCAACUCAAGAGCUUCAAUCGGAUCAUAUAUACUUUCUUGUUCCACUUUCCAAAUCACGCGUCCCACUUUCUCUUCAAGACUUGGGCAAUCUAGCCAUCAAGGCUAAUGCAGCUCUUGCUACUUCAAGGCCUAACCACCCAAUCUUUAAAGCCAAUUCACACAAAAAAUUCCGCACCCACCCAACUCUUUCAAACGUUUCUCUCCAAUGUUCCCAUUAGAUUUUCCUAGAUGCCUUUCAAAUUUCAAUGGGAAUUAUAUCCUUGUUCCAGAUUCCACAUGACUGGUAGUGUAUAUAAGUGAGAAAAAUAAUUCUUAUUUUAAUAGCACUUCUUCAUCCAUGUUUUGGGGAUUCUUCUAGAUGAUGUGGUGAAAGUCAAGCUCGAUCGAUCUAUCCUUAGCCCACCAUGUCUGUGUUGCAGACUUGCAGUUUAUUAGAAGUUCUGCAGCAACUUUGGUGAAAUACAGUGAAGAAUUGAAAUAAGGAGAUGGAGACCAGAUUUGAUCCUUCUUCUUUCACAUGUACAAAACUGCAGAAGUACAAGCCAAAUCCAACUUGUAUGCUAUGCUUAGUUAUAGCUAAUAAACAUUUGUGCCAAACAAUUAUUUCAUGUAUUUAAAACAAUUAUGUUGAUCAACUUCGUUCUUUUUA